GAAAAGUAUAGAGCAUCUUGUUUUGACAGAUACAAACCUAUUGGUGCUCAAUGGCCAACUGUCACAUGCGAGGGUGGGGCUUAAGACCCCAACAGAGAAUAUGAGUAUAAACAUGAGCAUGGCCAGAGAUAACAGCCACAUGGACAGUUUUCUGUGAGUAUGUUAAUUGCUUAUUUCUCUGACCAUGACCACAUGCCACCUGGUAGCAUGACCGUUUAGAGUCAUUUAAAAUUAAAAUGACCUCGAAGUAUUUGCAAACGGUUAGGGAAUUUUUAAAUGAAGACAACCAUGGGAAGGCCAGAAGACAGCAAAUAUUCACUGAGCAGAAGAAAAGGCGGGUCUGCACAGAAUGGAGGAAAAUGUGUUCUCGUCUGGCGGCACAAAACAGAAGGAAGAAGGAGAACCAGCUGUUCAUGGAGUUAACAGCUUUGCUGCCUCUGGAUUCAAGUAUGGACGGUCAGCGAGACAAAGCGUCAGUCAUACGACUUACAAUCGCUUACUUGCACCUGAGGGGCCUUCUCAACACCCGGGACACCUGUGCACUGUCCUCUCCUUCUUCACCAGGAGUGGCUAAAUCUCAUGAAAGGGGUUUGCUUGAUUCUGCACUUGGAGGGUUCGUGGUUUUGUUGUCUUUGAAUGGCAAGGUCAUCUUCACCACAAGCGAUGUCUCUACACAUACUGGAAUUAAUCAGAUGGAUUUGAUUGGAAGAAGUUUGCUGGAGUUCUUACAUCCAUGUGAUCAGAUGGAGGUGAAGGACAUCCUCACUAGACUCAUAGGAAACCAAGGACAGCAGGAAUGUGAAGUGUUCCUCAGAAUGAAAAAUGCAGUGAACCAGAAACUGUCUCCUUGGAAAAUCAUUCAGUGCAUGGCAAAGAAGACGUCUUCUGCUACCCCAGGGUCCAGCUGUCUACUUCUUCAAUGUAGGCUGCUGCCCAUGCAGCAGUUCAUUGAGAUGGAUGCAGCGUUGAAUACAAAUACAUUUAUGAGUAUACACAGCCCAGACAUGAAGUUCACCUACUGCCACACAAGAGUUGUCAAGUUGAUCGGCUUUAGAGAUUCUGAACUGUUUGGCCAAUCCGUGUACCAGUACUAUCACCCAUCUGACUGCCAGAAACUCCGCAACGCACACAUCUGCUUGCUCUCCAAAGGACAGGUGUCGACUGGGAAAUAUCGUCUGCUGCACAGGCAAGGUGGCUACGUGUGGGCUGAGACAGAUGCAUCAGUGGUGUGCAACAGUGACACUGGUGCACCAGAGAGCGUCGUCUGCAUCAGUUACGUUCUUAGUGGCGUGGAGCAGCCCAGUUUGGCAUUUAUACUGGAGCACACAGAGCAAGUGCUGAAACCAUGUAACACAUUUUACCCAGAAUCCCAGGCUGUCCCUCUUCCACUGUUUGCAGCUCUGGUGGAUAGAGAAGACCAUAAAACGACAAAAACAAACAAUCACAACAAUUCUGUUACAAACACAAACCCUAGAGAAUCUCAAAAGGAUGUCCAUGGCUCUUCAGAUGCGACACAUAAGACAGAAGAGUGCUGCAAUUUCAACUGUGAUGUGUGCGACCUAGAUUUGGACAGUCUGGCUCCUUACAUUCCCAUGCACGGAGAAGAUUUCCCACUAACUCCCAUUUUUGAUGAGAAGUUGGACAGAUCUGAGCUGCUGUUUGACAGUGCACAUCACAACCUGACCCCUCAGAUGCUACAUUCUGAGAAAACCAUGAAGAGUCUUACACAAAAUCGACAAAGUGACAGUUAUUUUGUAACAAACCGGGUUAGUGAUACGUCUAACAUGAUGUCAACCCAGCAGCGGAAUAACAGUCUAGAUAUUGUGAAUGGAAUUACAAAGGUUCAGUAUAAUUAUCAACUCUUCUCAGCUGAAAGCGGGACGUAUCAUCAGAGGAAAGAUGCUACGAAAGUCUCACAUCUCAACAGAACUGACUGGAACAACAGUGGAUCAACAACAAGGCCAUGUGUUGAAGUCCAGAAUCAACUAGGGUCAAUGUGCAGGUCACCUGAGGUCUCCAAGAAGCCAUCUCCCUCUCAGUACAGAAGACAUCAGGCACAUGAAAUACAUCCAACACCUUUGACUCUGCCCUUGUUGAGCAGGUUGGAGUGCGAGGUCAACGCUCCUCUUGACCCGACAUCUUAUUUGCUCCAAGGAACUGAAAUUACAACCGUUCUGGACCAAGUGGUCUCAGGAAUGCCUUGGUGCUGACCUCCAAAAAUGCCAAAGAACUUAAAUACAAUUGAUCACUUUCACACACAGUUGGUCAGCAAAACAUUAUUUAAAAUAGUAACUUAAUGCCUACCUAUAAUUACAUCACAUCCAUAAGCAUAGUCUCCGUGUGCAUUACUAAAACCUGUGUGACGUGAGUGAGGUCUGUUUUUCCAUUUAAUAUUAGGUUUGGUAAAGCCUUUCUCUGCACUUGUCAGUUUUAGGUUAAGGUAUGUGAAUAUGGCGUUGCACCCUCAACCAUCUCUGUUUUAAGCAUCUUAUUAAUACAUCGUAUACAUUAAUUAAUAAACAAAGAAAUAAAUUGUUUCCAUUUAAUCAAACGGAUAAACUCUCU